ACAUCACAGUACAUCAUGGUUUUAGUUCAAGAUUUAUUAAACCCUUCUCCAGCCUCCGAAGCUCAGAAACACAAGAAGAAGGCCUUGGUCCAAGCUCCAAGAUCCUACUUUAUGGAUGUCAAGUGUCACGGAUGUAUGAACAUCACCACCGUGUUCUCUCAUGCCCAAACUGCCGUCACCUGUGACGGAUGUGCCACUGUUUUGUGUACUCCAACCGGUGGUAAGGCCAAGUUGACUGAAGGCUCGUCUUUCAGAAGAAAGUAAAUGACAAUUACGAAACGAUGGAGAAGCUCCCCCACUUUGAUUUGUGUACUAUAGGACAUGGCGAAUGCAAAUUCGUGAUAAUAAGUUGCAAGACAUACAAAAGUAACGACCACGUCGUUUAUAGUUAAUAAACAUAUUUAUGUA